AAUUCCAAAAUGUUGGGCUAAAUUAAUGGCUAUUUUGUCAGUGUCCCUAAAACAGAUUCCAUGCCUCUGGCUUCUCAUCUAACAUUGUUUGUGGAUGGGUUGUUGGCAGUUAUUAGAAUACGCCCGGCGUAUCAACACCACGCGGUUCCGCAGUUGAGUGGCCUAUUUCCUCGAAAAUGAUGACUUCAGGACAGCUGCUAACCAGCGGCACUAGCGCAGGGCUAAAGUCCAUGACCCUUUUGCCGUCUCCCUUCACUCCUCCCACACUUGCUAAUCAUUCUCGCACCACAACUACAACUAGAAAUUUCAAUAUGAAAAUGUCAAUUCGGGCAACUCAAGCUUCAAUAGUGCUCCCCGAAAAUCGCAUCAUACUAGGUUGUGGGGCGGUGUCCCUGGAUUUUUUGGCUGCUGUUGCUUCUUAUCCUAACCCAGAUGAUAAGAUUCGAAGCACAAGCUUCGAGGUUCAAGGAGGUGGAAACACUGGCAAUGCUUUGACUUGUGCAGCUCGCCUAGGCCUAACUCCUAAGAUUAUUUCAAAGGUUGCUGAUGACUCUCAAGGAAAAGGGCUACUGGAGGAACUAGAAGCAGAUGGUGUAGAUUCGUCUUUUAUUGUGAUGUCAGAUGGAGGAAAUUCACCAUUUACCUACAUCAUUGUUGACAACCAAACGAAGACCCGUACUUGCAUUCACACCCCUGGCUAUCCACCCAUGAUACCUACUGAUCUUUCCCAAUCAAAUUUAUUUUCUGCAUUGGAUGGUGCUAAGCUUGUCUAUUUCGAUGGGAGAUUGCAUGAAACUGCUGCUGUUGUGGCGGAGGAGGCAAAUAGAAGGGGUAUACCCAUUUUAGUUGAUGCUGAGAGGAAAAGGGAAGGAUUGGAUAACCUUUUAAGCUCUGCAAGCUAUGUUGUUUGCUCAACCAAAUUUCCUCAGGAGUGGACUGAGGCUUCUUCUAUUCCGGGCGCCCUUCUUUCAAUGCUCUUAAGGUUGCCAAAAGUUAAAUUUGUUAUUGUGACAUUGGGUAAAGAUGGUUGCAUAAUGCUACAAAGGACUGAAAUGGACAAUCUCCUCCUGGAAGAAAUGGAUGUUGAAGACGUUUUUGAAAAACUGAAUCUGGAGAAAGACACUAAUGCAACAUUACCAAUAUGCAUAUCCUCGAAUGUAGCAAUACUACAUGCAAAAGGGAUAGGGAUGAUCAUUGGUAAGCUACUUGUGGGGACAGCUGAAAGUAUACCUCAAACCGAACUAAUUGAUACAACUGGUGCUGGAGAUGCAUUUAUUGGCGCAGUUCUUUAUUCUAUCUGUGCCAACAUGCCACAAGAGAAAAUGUUGCCGUUUGCUGCUCAAGUGGCAGCUAUUAAAUGCAGAACCUUAGGAGCUAGAGCUGGCCUUCCGCAUUACACAGACCCUCGCUUGUCACCUUUUUUAGUCUAGAGAACCCAAGGGAUGGCCAUGUUCCUACUGUUGUUGAAAUGGACGCAAAACUGGUUAUCGACUUGGGCUUUUUCUUAUUGUAUUUUUAACAGGUUUCUGUGGACCGACAUUCUGCUUUUUCUCUUACAACAUUUUAAUACACCGUGCGUUUCAAUAA